GGCGCGCGCGGGCGGUUCCUGUCAGGUCGCUCUGACGUGUCCGCGCCACAGCCCGGCCUGGGACGGGGCGGGAGAGGGUGCCGGCGGUACCGACUCGGCCGCGGCCCUUAGCCCCUUCGGCCGCGCCCCGCCAUGUUCAACGUGGAGAGCCUGGAGCGGGCCGAGCUCGGGGAGAGCCUCCUUACUUGGAUCCAGACGUUUAAUGUCGAGGCACCAUGCCAGACCGUGGAAGAUUUAACGAAUGGGGUUGUGAUGGCCCAGGUUCUUCAAAAAAUAGAUCCAGCUUACUUUGAUGAAAACUGGCUGAACAGGAUCAAAACAGAAGUAGGAGAUAAUUGGAGGCUAAAGGUAAGCAACCUGAAGAAAAUUUUAAAAGGAAUAUUGGAUUACAACCAUGAGAUUCUAGGGCAACACAUUAAUGACUUUACCCUUCCUGAUGUUAACCUGAUUGGAGAGCAUGCUGAUGCUGCGGAGCUUGGGAGAAUGCUUCAGCUUAUUUUGGGAUGUGCUGUGAACUGUGAACAGAAGCAAGAGUACAUCCAGACCAUAAUGAUGAUGGAAGAAUCGGUUCAACACGUUGUCAUGACAGCCAUUCAGGAGCUGAUGAGUAAAGAGUCUCCAGUCUCUGUUGGAAAUGAUGCUUACGUUGACCUUGAUCGUCAGCUGAAGAAGACUACAGAAGAAUUAAAUGAAGCACUAGCAACAAAAGAAGAAAUUGCCCAGAGAUGUCAUGAAUUAGAUAUGCAGGUUGCAGCCCUCCAGGAGGAGAAGAGCAGCUUGCUUGCUGAGAACCAGAUUUUGAUGGAACGUUUAAAUCAAUCUGACUCUCUUGAAGAUCCCAACAGCCCUGCAGGUCGUAGGCAUUUGCAGCUGCAGACACAACUAGAACAACUCCAAGAGGAAACAUUCAGAUUAGAAGCUGCCAAAGAUGACUAUCGAAUACGCUGUGAAGAAUUAGAAAAGGAAAUUGCUGAAUUGAGACAACAAACAGAAGAGCUUACUACAUUGGCAGAGGAAGCUCAGUCUUUGAAGGAUGAGAUAGAUGUACUCAGGCAUUCUUCUGAUAAAGUAGCCAAGUUAGAAAGCCAGGUAGAGUCAUACAAAAAGAAGUUGGAAGACCUGGGUGAUUUGCGACGGCAAGUGAAACUCUUAGAAGAGAAGAAUACAAUGUACAUGCAAAAUACUGUGAGCCUGGAAGAAGAGCUAAGGAAGGCCAAUGCAGCACGCAUUCAGCUGGAAACUUACAAGAGACAGGCAGUUGAACUACAAAACAGGUUAUCUGAAGAAUCCAAGAAAGCUGAUAAAUUAGAUUAUGAGUGCAAACGACUGAAAGAAAAAGUAGACAGCCUCCAAAAAGAAAAAGAUAGAUUAAGAACAGAAAGGGAUUCUUUGAAAGAAACUAUUGAAGAGCUUAGAUGUGUACAAGCUCAGGAGGGUCAACUCACUACUACAGGAUUGAUGCCUCUGGGAAGACAAGAGCCUUCAGACAGUUUAGCAGCAGAAAUUGUUACUCCAGAAAUAAAGGAGAAACUCAUUCGCCUUCAGCAUGAGAACAAGAUGUUAAAGCUCAAUCAGGAAGGUUCCGACAAUGAAAAGAUUGCCUUGCUGCAGAGCCUUCUUGAUGAUGCAAACUUACGGAAGAAUGAAUUGGAAACAGAAAACAGAUUGGUAAAUCAGAGACUUAUAGAAGUUCAGUCCCAGGUUGAAGAACUACAAAAAUCUUUGCAGGAUCAAGGUUCAAAAGCUGAAGAUGCUAUUUCAAUUCUUCUGAAAAAGAAACUUGAAGAACAUCUUGAGAAGCUUCAUGAAGCUAACAAUGAGCUACAGAAGAAACGAGCUAUUAUUGAGGAUUUGGAACCAAAAUGCAAUAACAGUUCACUCAAAAUUGAAGAAUUACAAGAAGCUUUAAGGAAAAAGGAGGAAGAAAUGAAGCAAAUGGAAGAGCGAUACAAAAAGUAUUUGGAAAAGGCCAAAAGUGUCAUCCGUACCUUAGAUCCUAAGCAGAACCAGGGUGCAGCUCCUGAGAUUCAGGCUCUGAAAAAUCAGUUGCAGGAGCGGGACAGAAUGUUUCAUUCAUUGGAGAAAGAAUAUGAAAAAACAAAAAGUCAAAGAGAAAUGGAGGAGAAAUUCAUUGUUAGUGCCUGGUACAACAUGGGAAUGACUCUGCAUAAAAAAGCUGCAGAAGAUAGACUGGCUAGUACAGGCUCAGGACAGUCCUUCCUGGCUAGACAAAGGCAAGCCACGAGCACAAGGAGAUCUUACCCUGGUCAUGUCCAGCCAGCAACAGCAAGUGAUGUGGUUGCAUGACCUGCAGCAUUAUUAUAACAGGGACUGUUCAGUGCAUGACUUGCUUUUCUGUCCAGACUGCAUAACCAAAACUUAACGAGUUCUGCACUUAAGACUCAUGACCAUCUGAUUUCAAAGGGAGAUCUACUUGCAGAGAAGCUUGCCAUCCUGGGGAGUGGCUUUCCCAUUUCCCGCUUCCAUUUACUCUUUCUCUUCACAAAAAGUCUCCUAUGAGGCUAGAAGAGAGGAAAUCCAGUAUUCGGAACUCAACAGGAGGCGUUCUGCAAACUGACAGAGCACUGUCAGCUCUCCAUUUUACUUCCGCCUGUCCACUUUAUUUAAAUCUGAUUAACAGUAUUAACCCACAGACUUCCUGCAACAUUUUCAUAUAUUGAACUAUAAAAGUCUAGUCUUAAUGAGUUCCCCAAAAUAACUUUUGAUUACUAUUAAAAUUUCAAAGCAUCUGCACCCUUAAAGGAUCCACUUUCAAUCUUUAAGUAAUUAAAGUGAAGGAGGUGUUUUACCAGGAGAAAUGACUAAUGAAUUGCUGCCUGGCCAUCCCAUCUUCCCUAGAAAACCAGUCAAGGUUCAUCUGAUAAUCUCCGAGCCAGGCAAACUAUGGGGUGGUAUUUUGUUCACAGACACUGCCUGCUUCCUUACUAUGUAUAUACACAGUAGUUUGUGGCUGCUGUAUAUUAUUCUCUUCAUUUUAGCUGUGUUGUGAUUUUCUUUCUGAAACUUUUUUUUCAAUCUCUGUGCAAUUGUUAAAACAAUCUGAGGAAAGAACAUGAAUGGAGAUAAGUAUGAAAGCUGUCUACACUUUCAGUAUUAUGCAGACUGUCCUUGCCAGUUUAUAAUUUAGGUUGUUUAUCUUUUACCUGUACUAUUUUUUUUUUCUCCUUACCACAGUCUUAGCUAUUUAAUUUCCAGUUGCACUAGCUUGGUUCUUUCUUUGUAUUAUGGAGUUUAGCUAUAAGCUUUGCUCUAUGUAGACAGUGUAACUCAAAAUGCUUUGUACUGCCUUUAUUAAUUUAAAAAGCUGCUUAUUUAAUGUUCUUAAGUAUCUGCACAUUUGUACUACUGUAUCUUUGUUUUGUAUUGGACAUCCAGUACUGGCAAGAUUCAGAAGAUGAGGGAGUGCUGUAGUGUUAUAAGUUAAGAGGUUUAUUAUAUAGGAGUUAAUAUGUAAUAGGCAGGGAAGGGGGCUUUUAAGCCAUAGGAUUUGCUGGAAAAUUUGAAGAGAGUCUCAAUGAUGAGUACAGUAAGUGGUUUGGUUUAAGUCCAGUUCUAGAGAAACCCCAUUCUUGCUCACAUAAAUCUUAAUCCUGCAAAAAUAUAAACACGUAUGUGCUCUGCUUACUCCAAAAAUGGUUUAGUUUAUUCAGGCAGUAGCAUUACUACGAGCCCUGUUUUCCAUGUGAGCACCCCCAUGCUUAAGAAGUGUUGUGUCCAGUAGUCUCUGUAGUCACUUCUGGUCACAAGACACAGUGCGAGCCUUGUCUCUGGCUGGCCAAGUGGGUCCUCUGGGCAGAGCUGCACCUCGUGCCCUGAGGCACCUGCAUGUGUUCAGUCCUCAGGGAUCUGGAUACCCACUGUGUCAUUAGCGCUGUGCAGAGUGACUUUGGGAAAAGACAGAUCACAUCCUUACCUCUCUUUCCACAGCGGGGUCUGUGCCACCCAGCAAAGGGAAGGGCAGGUAGGGAUGGUCUGCAAGCAGGAAGGAUUAGCAUUAAGAUACUGGUGAGAAGUGUGUGUCGUGUUCCCUUCUGGACACUAUACUGGGCAGGGGAGCCUGUGGCUACCAGGUGCUCUGGCUGACGGCAGUCUGGAAAGACUGCUAGUGGGGGAUAUGUUGUUCCUGGUCCACCAGAACCUGGGACAGUGAAGUCUGAUGUGACCUGCAGGCAGGGUCUGGGGUUUGGUGGUGACAAGUCAGGUAUUCCUGCAGCAGAGGCACCAGCACUUCCAUCAGACUGAGUCCAGCAGAGAGCUAAAGGAUUUGUGUCUUUCCAGGUCCUAGUCAUUGAUCCCUUGAUUUUGUGUCAGGGCAAGCAUUAUUAUAAAAACUUAUUUUUGUUGGGUGUUAAAGGCAUGGUUUGUUUCUCAUUUGCAAGUGCUGCUUGGGCUGGGCCCACACCUUGCCCCAAGACAGGCUAGGUCCAGGAUCCCUGAAAUCAGGGGCUCUGUGCAGGGUGGGAGGGGAUGGCUUUUUUCGUGCACCUGCCCGCACAGAUGUCCCGAGGUGAAGCUAAGCAGUACCUCAUUUCUCCAAGUGGUCUGUGCAAGUUAGAGACUUAAGUAUCGGUUGUUCUUGAGCCUGAAGACAUUUGUAUGUAAGUGUGUUUAGCUUGACAAAAAUUGAGUUCACGAAUCCAACAGAGAGAGGUCAGGUGGAGCCAGUAACUCAGCGAGCUGGGUACUUUGAUUAGCCUAGCAUCUCUGUCAUGAAGUGAUGGUGAGCUCACAACUCAGAGGUGAUCUCCAGCAUGUCUCUGAUAUACUAACUACAUUUGUGCUGCAAAGGAAACUCUUUUACUUUCUUAACAACAGCUUGUUUGACAGUCCUGAAUUAAAUGUUGACCAAUUAUCAAAGUAACUGUUUGUGAAGUUGCCAGUGAUAAAUUUUCUGUAAAAGAAUGGAUUCUUAGAGUGUCAAAACAUUAAUUUCCCAUUUCUGUUCAUCUACAAAUUGUGUAACUACCAGAUUGUCAUGGUAGCAGUAUUAAUAUACAUAUCUGUAUAUAGAUUAAAAAAAAAAAUACUCGGUAAUGAUCAUUGGAAUCAAAAGGUUUAAUAUUUUUUCCCAGUCAAAUACACUAAUGCUUCCAAGGUGACAGAAGAGUGUACAGUUGUUAAACAAGUUGUAAAUAAACGCUUAUAUAAAAUGUAAA